GGGGCUGGCCACACCGCCGCGAUGAUGGUGGCUGCGGCUGCUGAGCGAAACAAGGAGCCCAUCCUGUGCGUACUCCGCCAGUAUGUGGAUCCUGCCCAGCGCGGUGUUCGCGUACUCGAGGUGGCCUCGGGAUCCGGACAGCACGCCGCACACUUUGCACAGGCCUUCCCGAACGCCGAGUGGCAGCCGUCGGACGUGGACCAACGCUGCCUGGACAGCAUUGCCGCCACCACCCAAGACCAAGGGUUGUCCAAUGUGAAGGCUCCGAUGUACCUGGACGUGACCUGGGAGUGGGAGCAAUGGGGCGGUAUUCCGCCGCGAUCGCUGGACCUGUUGCUCUGCAUCAAUAUGAUCCACAUCAGCCCCCUGAAGUGCACAGAGGGGCUCUUCAGAGCAGCAGGACACCUGCUCAAAACCAAGGCUGUGCUGAUCACCUAUGGGCCCUAUGCCGUCAAUGGGAAGAUCUCGCCCCAGAGCAACGUGGACUUUGACCUGACCCUCAGAUGCAGGAACCCAGAGUGGGGGCUUCGUGACACAGUCCUUCUGAAGGAACUAGGCCAGGCCAAUGGCUUGGUCCUGGAGAAGAUGGUGGACAUGCCAGCCAACAACAAGUGCCUGAUUUUCCGGAAAGAAUAGCAUCUCUGUCAAAAAAUUGUCAUGGAACAAGUUCGACCUCAGCCCCUCCCUCAGUCCUUGGGAUAUAUUAGCCCCUCCUAGUCUGGUGGCCGCAGGGCUGUAGAGAACCUGGUCUGAUGGGCCUUAAAAUAAAGCCUUUCCAGCCCACUGUGGGCUAUCUAUACCA